CUUCCACUGCAGGGGUAAAACUGGAAAUAUGCAAAAUCGACCGGACCCGAGGGUUUCCUCUCUUGCGCUCUCUCUCUCUUGCCUCCCGAUUCUACCGCCGCCACAAUCUUAAGUCAUCGGCUACCUCGCCGCCGGCGUCGAGACACACAAGCCAGGCCUCCAUCCGCCGAAGCCUUCUCGCGCAGAGAGGCGUCGCCCUCCUCCUCCACCCCGCCUUCUACUGGUACUCGCCUGUCCAGGCCUCUCCCCUCACCUGUCCAGGCGCGAGCGUGCGCCUCUCGGCCGCCUCCCCCCGCUCCUCUCCGCCCCCGAACACCGCCUGUCCCCGCUCGUCUCCGCCCAACUUACGGUUUUAUUCUUCCUUUCGUUGGGCGGUAGAAACGUUUGUGGUGUUCAGAUUUUGAUGCUCUGUGAUGAUUGUGUGCUAGCGCCCAGAUGAGUUCGAAGAAGGUUCCAUAUCACAAGCAUCGGGAGGCUGAGGAGGCGAGGAAGAAGAGGGAGGAAGAUGAAGCGGCACGUGUAUAUGCGGAAUUUGUCGAGUCAUUCAAGGGUGACAGCUCAUCUGGGGCUAAGUUUGUCCGAGGUGGUGUGAUCGAUCCCAAUGCAAAGCUAAAGACUGAUUCCGAAGGUGGAAAAUCCAAAGAUGGGGGGUCUGUUCCAAAGAAGGGCAGUAGGUAUGUUCCAUCUUUCUUGCCACCAUCAUUUGCGAAAGAGCCUGAGAAAAAGAAGGAAGAGGAGAGGCCAAAGGAAAAGGAAAAAGGAAAGCCACGAGCAAUAGAUAAGUUCAUGGAGGAACUCAAGUUUGAGCAAGAACAACGGGAAAAGCGUUAUCAGGAUCGAGAUCACCGGCGUGAAGGUCGUCACAGUGACAGCUCCAUGCCCUCUAGUCGGUUUGAUGAACUACCAGAUGAAUUUGAUCCCAUUGGGAGAUUUCCAGGAUCAUUUGAUGAUGGUGAUCCUCAAACCACAAACUUGUAUGUCGGCAAUCUAUCUCCUAAGGUCGAUGAGAAUUUUCUUUUGAGGACCUUUGGUCGGUUCGGACCUAUUGCUAGUGUCAAGAUUAUGUGGCCUAGAACAGAAGAGGAACGCAGAAGGCAAAGAAAUUGUGGUUUUGUUGCCUUCAUGAAUAGAGCAGAAGGACAGGCAGCAAAAGAUGAAAUGCAAGGUGUUGUUGUGUAUGACUAUGAGCUGAAGAUUGGAUGGGGUAAAUCUGUUGCUCUUCCAUCACAGGCAUUGCCUGCCCCUCCUCCAGGACACAUGGCAAUCAGAAAUAAGGAGGGUGGUACAGUCAUACUUUCUGGUCCUGGCUGUCCUGCUGUUGCAUCAGUUACACCACAAACCUCAGAGCUGGUCCUUACACCAAACGUUCCUGAUAUAGUGGUUGCUCCACCGGAUGAUGGGCGUCUUCGCCAUGUGAUUGACACAAUGGCUCUGCAUGUACUUGAUGGUGGAUGUGCUUUUGAACAAGCUGUAAUGGAGAGAGGGCGAGGAAAUCCUUUAUUUGAUUUCUUGUUUGAUCUUAAAUCAAAAGAGCACACAUACUACGUUUGGAGGCUAUACUCCUUUGCUCAGGGUGAUACUUUACAACGAUGGCGAACAGAACCAUACAUCAUGAUCACAGGAAGUGGAAGAUGGGUUCCACCUGCCUUGCCAUCCAAUAGAAGCCCCGAGCGUGAAAAGGAAUCUACAUUUGCUGCUGGUAGAAGCAGGCAUGUUGAAGUGGAGCAUACAUUGACUGACUCACAGCGUGAUGAAUUUGAGGACAUGCUACGAGCGUUGACGUUAGAGAGGAGUCAAAUAAAGGAGGCCAUGGGAUUUGCCUUGGAUAAUGCCGAUGCAGCUGGGGAGAUUGUUGAGGUUCUUACAGAAUCCUUGACACUCAAGGAGACACCUAUUCCAACCAAGGUUGCUCGGCUUAUGCUAAUGUCCGACAUCCUUCAUAACAGUAGUGCUCCUGUGAAGAAUGCAUCUGCAUUCCGAACCAAGUUUGAAGCUUCUUUGCCCGAUGUUAUGGAAAGCUUCAAUGACUUGUACCUCAGUAUCACUGGAAGGAUUACUGCUGAAGCUCUGAAGGAGAGGGUCAUGAAAGUUCUACAAGUGUGGGCAGACUGGUUCCUGUUUUCUGAUGCAUAUCUGAAUGGGCUGAGGGUUACUUUUCUUAGAUCAGGCAACUCUGGUGUUGUUCCGUUUCACUUGCUAUGCGGCGAUGCACCUGAAAUUGAAAAGAAAGCUAGCCCUGAGGAUGGAAAUUAUGGAUUUAAGCUUAAUGAAGAUGGUGCCUUGGCUACAGGAAAGACAGCAGCAACAAAGGAGCUAUUAGGGCUUCCAUUAGCUGAACUUGAGCGCCGUUGUAGACAUAAUGGCCUCUCACUAUGCGGUGGUAAAGAGAUGAUGGUUGCCAGGUUGCUUAACUUGGAAGAGGCUGAGAGGGAACGAGUAUAUGAGAAAGAUGUUGACAUGAAAUAUGCACAGCGCGGACCACAUAGAACUGGAAUAGAGGACAAUGGUGUGGAUGCUCGCAGUACUCCAAGAUUUGGAGAAGGUCCUAAUGGUGAUGAACUGGAUGUCUCUCGUAACAGUAUGGGGGCUGGCCAAGGACGCUCUCGAGAGUCUGCUUCUGCUGAACUUGAAUCAUUUCCUAGCAAGAAGCCGAAAUAUGAUCCUAUUUUGCCAGCUUCUAAAUGGAGUCGAGAGGAUGACAUCAGUGAUGAUGAAGAUAGAAAAGGUGGUCGAGGCUUGGGAUUAAGCUAUUCAUCAGGAAGCGAUACUGCUGGUGAUCUUGGAAAGGUCGAUACAACAGAAGUUGGUACUGAUCACGCAAGUCAUCAUCCAGAUACGAUCUUUGAUGAAGAGCAUAGGCAGAAGCUGAGGCAGAUUGAGAUUUCUGUCAUGCAGUACCGUGAAUCUCUUGAGGAGCAAGGUUUGCGUAACAUGGAUGAGAUUGAGAGGAAGGUUGCCAGCCAUCGUAGGCGUCUUCAGUCUGAAUAUGGUUUAUCCACUUCAACUGAUGGUGCAAACAACAGGCGGUCUUCUGAAAGAACAUCAUUGGAGCGGAAAGAGAGGCAUGACGAUGCACAUGAUUAUCCUAGGAAGCGGCGUCGGAGUCAGAGUAGAAGCCGUAGCCCCUCAAGGAAGUCACAGGAGAGGGACCGAGAGCACAAUCGCAACAGAGACCGAUCGUACGGUAAUGAUGCUGGGAGGGACAGGGUGCGUGAGAAGAGUGCGAGCCGAGGGCGGGAUGAUCAUUACGACAGAAGCCGGGACAGGGAAAAGGACAGGAGAAAGGGAAGGUGACCGAUUACCCGAAGCCCCCGUGUUCAUUCAUCAUUCGCCUGAACAUAAGGGCGCCGGGGCAAGGUAAUAUUUGAGCUGGGCUACAUCAAUUCCCUGACCUGCUCCAUGCCUUCGGGAACCUGUCUGCAAUCGGAGUUUGAUGAUUAAGGUGAUGUUUUGUAGAAAUAACCUGUUUGUAACGGGUAAUUUUACGGAUGGGUAAUUAUGCCAAGGCUGGUGUUUAAUGCACCCAUGCCAGAAUGAUCAGUAUUCGACCCGACCGUGAUAUGGACUGUGAUUCUCUGCUCGCCCUGUUCGUAGGCCUUGCAUGCGUGUGCCAUUCGUGGAUGUCGGCGCGCGCGCUGACAGUGGAGGGUAUCCCGAUCGCUCGCGGACACGGAUCGGAUUACUGUUUGUGCAGUAAUAUGAGUCUGUUACUACAGUCUUUUGCAUUAAUUAAUCACUAUUUACUGUGGAUUAUUGCAGCAACAGUGUUUGAUUUUACUUUAGCGCGGAGUUGUACUGUGGCACCUGUACUGUAAUAAUACUGUAUCAGUUAAUUUAAUCCAUCCAUCUUCAAAUCUAA